AUGAACGUCGUAGCCUUAUUUGGUACGAGGUUUGUUCAUAGAGUUCCAUGUAUGGUGGGAGUUUGGAGGAAAUUGUGUGACUAUAGCUCUGAUGGGGAUGCGAUGAUGGAUAAUGGGUUCCAGUUGAUUGAAGAGCCCCUGAAGAGGACGUGGGGGGAUUCAGGGCCCGAUUCUGGAAGUGAGUUAGAAACCCACAUCGAGAGUCGUUGGUCCCAGAGGCAGCGAGGUAGGUUCGAGGCUGAACGUGUGAUCGAAGUUCUAAGGCAAGAUGGUCCUGGAGUCGACACCAAAGCAGCGUUAACCGAGCUUCACAUAAAGGUGUCGUGGAUUCUUGUGAGAGAGGUCCUUGUGGGGAUUUUGAGGACCAUAAGUCCUGACAACAAAGCGAGGUGGGCGAAGUUGGGGUAUAAGUUCUUUGUAUGGUCUGGUCAGCAGGACAAUUACAGGCAUUCAGUGAAUUCCUACAAUUUGAUAUUGAAGAUUUUUGCAGACUGUGAUGAGUUCAUGGCCAUGUGGAGGGUGGUCGAGGAGAUGACCGAGAGUGGUUUCCCAACUACGGCACGAACUUUCAACAUAUUAAUUUGUACUUGUGCUGAGGCAGGUUUGGCUCGAAGGGUUGUAGAGAGGUUCAUUCAAUCAAAGACGUUUAAUUAUAGGCCGUUCAAGCACUCUUAUAAUGCAAUCAUCUACUCGCUUCUGGGAGUUCGUCACUACAGGUUGAUUGACUGGGUGCAUCAGAAAAUGUUGGGCCAGGGUCUUUUCCCGGAUGUUCUAACUUAUAAUGUCAUCAUGUGUGCAAAGUAUCGGUUGGGGGAGUUGGGCCAGGUCUGGAAGGUGGUGGAUGAGAUGGUGAGGAAUGGAUAUUCACCGGACUUCCAUACCUACAACAUAAUUCUUCAUGUUCUUGGUAAAGGUAACAAACCAUUAGCUGCACAUAAGUUAUUGAAUCACAUGAAGGAAGAGGGUAUCGGUCCUUGUGUACUCCACUACACCACGCUAAUAGAUGGACUGAGUAGGGCUGGGAAUUUACAAGCAUGUGAAGGGUUUUUGGACGAGAUGAAGAAGAAUGGAUGUCUGCCUGAUGUUGUUUGUUAUACUGUAAUAAUCACAGCAUAUGUAAUGGCUGGAGAGUUUGAAAAGGCUCAGGCCAUGUUUGAUGACAUGACCACCAACGGCCAGCUGCCAAAUGCAUUUACUUACAGUUCAAUGAUUCGUGGGUAUUGUAUGGCAGGGAAGUACAAGGUGGCGAUCUCUAUGCUUAAUGAGAUGGAAUCCAAAGGCUGUAGUCCGACUUUUCUUGUCUACAGAACUUUGGUUAGCAAUUUGAGGAGUGCUGGGAAGUUUCGUGAAGCCCGCAGCAUAAUUGAGCAGAUGGUUGAAAAGGGGCGAUAUGCCCAUCUAGUUCAAAAGAUAAGGGGGAACUGGCAAAGCUGA